AUGAGUAGCAAGGUGUUUUAUUUAUUUUUGGUUUUUGCGACAAUCACCACAAUUGCAUGCGACACCGUUGUUGAUUUGAUAAAAGCCGCCGAAUAUCCCGUGGAAGUGCAUUACGUGCAAACGUCGGAUGGCUUCAAAUUACGUAUGCAUCGGAUUCCGGAAGGAUUAAGAAAACUCAAUUAUGACGUUGCGACCGGAAGUAGUGAGGAAACAGACAGCCAUCAUCAAAACGAAAGCAGUAGUCGCGAGCCCGUUUUUCUCAUGCACGGACUUUUGUGUUCCGCCACCAUGUGGGUCUGUCAAUCGCCCGACAAAAGUCUCGGAUUCAUGUUAGCAGAUGCCGGUUACGACGUUUGGAUGCUCAAUGCUCGCGGAACAUCAUUUUCCACCGCUCACAAGCAUCUCGAUCCGCAAAGCAAGAAUUAUUGGGACUUUUCGUGGCACGAAAUUGGAAUGUAUGACGUGCCAGCUGCCAUUAAUUACAUCCUGCAGAAGACGAAACACAAAAAAGUCCAUUACGUCGGGCAUAGUCAAGGAUGCACUGUAUUUGCGGUCGCUUUAACGAUGCAUCCGAGCUUGAACAAGAAAAUAUCGGGAGCGUAUUUGUUGACGCCUGCCAUUUACAUGCAUCACAUGUCGAGUUUCGUGAAAACUUUGAUGGAAAAUGAGAAAGAAUUGGUUACAGCAGCAAACUUUUUAGGGAUUUAUAGACUUGAGAUGCGCGGAUCUGUCGCUAAUAAACUAAAGAAUAUGAUUUGUCCUGACAAUGAUAAAGAUUCCAAUAUGAGAUGCUCGGAGAUCAUGUAUAAAGUGAUAGGAUCCGAUUCAGGUCAGAUGGACAGAGCAUCAAUUAUUUAUCUUUUGACGAAAACUGUGUGGGACAACAUCUCGUUGAAGCAAUUGAUUCAUUAUGGUCAGGUGGCACGCAGAGGGAAAUUUGCGAUGUACGAUCAUGGUGCAUUGGAGAAUCAAAUUCGGUAUGGGAGUCGAAGUCCACCGGAAUAUAAUUUGGAAACGAUUACUGUUCCAACGACUGUUAUUUACGGCGAAAAGGAUGGACUUGUUAAUACAGCGGAUGUGGAGCACUUCAUCUCAAAACUCCCGAAUGUCCGAAAGACGAUAAAAUAUCCGUGGAAUCACAUGGACUUUGUGUUCGGACAAGAUGUUGAUGUGCGAGUAAAUGACUUCAUCAUUCGUGGCAUGCGGGACAAAAUUCACAAUAAGAGUGAUAGUUGUGUCGUUAAGGACAAAAGUGAAGCAAUUAAUGCUUGUACCAAGAUCGCUUUGAAGCACAAAGACGACAUUUUCAUACAACAUCCUCCAAUUUAUACGCUCGUUUUAGCUGCAUGA